CUAAUUAUCACGUGACGUUCGACCUUCCGAUUCGUCGAGACACUUCUAACGUAACGUGGCCUGUCUCCGCCCUACGCGUGACGAUUAGCGCCCGCUCCAGAACGAUGGAAAUAUUGCGCAAGGGACAAGAUGCAACAGUUCUGGUCGAAGAAGCUCUUGAAGGCCUCGUUGUUGUCUCCUUGAAAGUUGGUGGGAGAACGCUGCGAGGCGUCCUAUUGGAUGCUGACAAGAGGCUUGCAACGUCAGAACACGAUACAUCGGUGACCCAAACUCCCAAUACAGACAAGUCCACGUCUUGGCAAGGCAGCAAGUCCAGAUCCGUCUCCCAACAGCAAUACAACAGACAGCUGUCGUCACCGACUACAUCAUACCAGUCGUUAGCACAGAAACGCAAGCAUCCUCAACCGGUUAACAGAUCAACCAAAGACCUACGUUUAAAGCAAAAAUAUGCAUAUGUCGACAGCUACACCAAGUCAAAGAAUCAAGAGCGCGGUCCUGGAUUCCAACAGACUGCAAGACGCAGCAUAUCGCCGCCACGAAUUAUUGGUGCAACUCCUCGGAGAGUUCGGCCACCCAAACGAGCACGUGGAAAAAUCUCGAGUAAGAGCAAAGAGCAUUCAACUGUCUACAGCCGCCAUUACCAGCCUCUCAUUCAUGCCGGAGCAUCGUCGAGCUUACGCACUGCCAUGAUGGGAUCAUUGCAGCUAGAGAAGGAGAUGAACACCAAACCGGUCGAUACAAGCGAUGCCACGAUAGACUCUAGGCACGACAUUCGAACGAAUUUGAAAAUCCAGCAUGCAGCCGAUGUGGGAAAUGUGAAGGAGAUGACGGUCACGUCAGGAUUUUACCCGGUUUCAAGUGACUUCACGUUUUGUGACGGCAAGCUCUACACGCAGGUUGCACAAAACAGCUUGUCGACUGAAAGUUCUAGUGGCUUUACUCCUCAACAGUCGUGGCUGAAGCUCGAAGCAAUGGACACGAAUGAAGCGUGUAGUGCUCAAGAUCAGAAGCAGGAAGGAUUGUCGAUGGCUGGUACACAGCCGGUGUCGUAUGACAAUUCAAUGAUUCUCGCAGCGACUGCACAAUCAGCCGAAUUUGUAUCAUUUCAACCAGAGAUUCGCGAUCGUUCUGAAUCAGGCUGUCAAGAAACAGAAGAACAAACGAUCAACAGAAGUCCACAGCCUGCAGCUGCCAGAGUCGCAAUCUAUGAAAGGAAAGGAAGCAGUCAACAAGGCGAGGAUGAGCCUAAGCAUCUUCAAUUGCACACUGUUGGAAAUGAGCCAAGGUCAAGUGAGAGUGUCAGUGGCCCACCCGAGCACACUGCACACAGAAGCAUUCGACUCAAAAUCAAACGAGAAAACGGUACAUCACCUGUGUGGGUGUCGGAGUCUAUUUCACCUGAAUUCACUACAGCUGAUGACAAGCAAUUUCCAGAGAAUGCAACAGGCAGCCUAGAGCAAACCAGCAGAGAUCCUAAUGACAAAACUAAAUAUCACAUGACACUCCAAUCUCAAUCUAGGAAUAGAAGCGAUGUUGUUGAUGGCCACAGUGGUCUGUUGAUGCCAAGAGAUGAGAAGAAUUCUACACCAAAUGGUGAUGAUAGUACAGCUUUGUCUGAAGCAAUGCUGAUAUCAAAGCAAGAGCACAAAUUGAUCACCCAGACUGACAAGAGCAGAUCCUCAACUGGUCAUUCUGAGAAACAGCCAGCUGCUACUAGAACUAGACGUUCCGAUCUGUUCUACGCUCCUCGGCCCUCGAAUAAACGAAGCCAACCAGUUAACCAAGAAUCUCCGCCUUUCAACAUAUACGACAUAGUGUGGGCCAAGAUGGUUGAUCGACCUUGGUGGCCAGCUUGUAUUCUGUCGUUCGGACAGAAUGAAGGUUUAGUUACCCAGACAAUGUUGAGUGCAUCAGUCAAGUGGCUUGGUCGUCCGACCACAUGUACAGCCAUCCUACCGUCUUCACUUCUUGCACCAUUUAUGGAAGGUUUUGUCAAGCACUAUGAUAAAUCAUCUACAAAGAGUACGUACAUGAGAGCCAUUCGCGAAGCUCUCCAGCUUCUAGGUUUCAAUCCAGAUGACCCGAUGGCUUUCUACAAUCACUGCAAAGCAUUGUUUCAAACCCCAGACAAUGCAAAGAAAGAAAACGGAGUGAAUACGGAUGAGAACGUACCAGUGGAGCCUAAUGUUGCUAUGUUGCAGAUAUCAUGCCCUGACAACCCAACACUUCAAACUGGUAAUUAG